AGCCGUGCCUCGCCCCCGCGUGGCGCCCCGGGAGCCACCGAAUGGCGGCCUCCUCGGGGGCCUCCACGCUGCGCCCCGGGGCCGGCCCGCGGCAGGGCGAUGCCCACCAGAGCAGCCCGCGCAGCCAGGGCGCGUGCAUGUUGGAGAUGCUGGAGUACGUCAAGGGCCUCGGCAUCGACCCCAUGUCGGAGCCCGACAUGAUCUGGAUCGCGGAGGAGGCGUUCAACGCCCCGCUGCCGCCCGGGUGGACGAGCCACCAGGACAACCUGGGCCGGGUCUACUUCUACGACAGCUCCAGCGGCGAGUCGACGUGGCGCCACCCGAUGGACAGCAUCUUCCGCGAGGUGGUGUGCUAUCAGAGGCGCGUCCAGCACGUUGGCGGCUUCUGGGAGGUGGAGGACGAGCUCGCGCUGCUCUGGGAGCUCACCCGGCGAGACCUGCAGUACUGGACGGAGCUCUUCGACGAGAACGGCGAGAAGUUCUUCCACAACACAAAGUCCCGCGAGAGCAGGUUCGAGGACCCCCGCGAGUCGGCGUACCACGCCCUCGACACGAGGGCGAAGGCCGUGGCCAGGAUGAUGAAGCGCCUCCCGGAGCUGGCGGCUGCGACGCGCCCUGCCGCCGACACGGCCCCGGGCGCCGCCCCCGUGGACCUGGCGCGCUCCGCGGACCUGGCGCGCUCCGCGGACCUGGCGCGCUCCGCGGACCCGGCCGCCGUCCCCGAGAGCUCGGAGGAGGACCCUGUCCUGAGCGCUGCGAUUGUGAUCCAGAGCUUCUGCCGCACUGCAUUGGCCAGGGACACAGCAAACCGCCUCAGAGCGGGGGGUGUCAUUCACAAGGGCCCCCAGCCUCUGAGAGGGAAGCUGCGGCUCCGCGUCGAGCGCUGCGACCUCAGCGGGACUUGCGACCUCGUGCUGGGCCAGACGACUCCGCAUAAGCGCCACCGCGCGGCGAGGAAGAUCCAGGCGCGCGUGAGGGGCAUCCAGACGCGGGCCAGGCAGAGGCCCCGGAUCGCACACAGGGCCUUCCUCAGCAGGCAUAUGGUCAAGAUCCAGUCGGCGGCCCGCGUCUGGCUCGCGCGUCGACGGGUGGCGCGUCUUCGCCUGGCUCGCGCCACCGACCAGGCCCGGAGCGAUCCGAAGGUCGUCGCCGGCCCCGUCGAGCAGCAGGCCCGGCCGAGCCAGGAUGACGUCGCCAGAGCCGAGAGCAGAUCCGAUGAGGGCAAGGAGCCCACGGAGGAGCGUUGCGAGAAGAAGCGCCCCUCGCGGCCCUCGAGCGUCGGCCCUGCGGGUCGGCUGUCGCGGCCCUCGAGCGCGGCGAAGGCGCCCGGUGAGCCGAUCGUGCAGGCCGAGGCCGCCGUCGGGCCCGCCGCGUCGCCCGAGGGCGAGGUCCCGUCGGGGCCGCCCUCUGCGCCCGAUGGCGUGCCCGUGGUCGCGGUCGUCGAGGCGCCGGAGCUGGCGCGGGAGAACAGCGCGCAGAAGAUACAGUCCGUCUGGCGCGGCAAGACGGCGCGCAAGCAGGUCGGCAGCAUGGCGCGGGAGGCCCGCGCGCCACUCAAAGGCUCCCAGCCGGCGGCUGCGGCGGCGGGCCAGCAGAGCUCCACGCCCGCAGGAAGUCAGUCGAGGGCCUCGGCGGCCAGAUCGUCGUCGGCGAGCCAGAACUCUGCGCGGGCAGGGAAGAAGCCAGGGGCCGCGGCGGCUGGGCCUCCGCAGGCGACGCCGAGGCAGCGCCAGGGCAGCAGGCUGGGCGACUCCGCUGUCAAGCCCGGCGCCAGCAACCCGUCGUCGCGCUCGCCCCCGAAGGCGAAGCCGGCAGGGGCGCCGCAGGCGUCUAGCAGGUCGCCGGCUGAGGGGCGCAAGUCCGUCCCAGCCCGCCUCCAGCCCGCCUCUCCUUCCAGGGCCACCGCCUCGAGGGCCUCCGCCUCCCCCGUCGUGGCCCAGGCGCGGACGAGCUCGAGCUCGAAAGGCCCCGCCGCGCCCCAGGGCUCCACGUCCGCCAGGGCCUCGAAGGCAGCUGCCGCGACCCCGCGGGAGGCUGCCCGCGCCCCUGCUGACCCAACACCGGAGCCGGUUGUGCAGGUUCCAGUGCAGCAGCCGUUGGAAUCGAGUGCAGUUGGCGGGCUGCCGUCGGAUACGGAGAUCGUCCUGGCUGCCUCCAAGCCCGUGUCAGCGCCAGAGCAGAACGCAGAGCCGGCGGCACUGGUCGAGGUCGCCCCAGUAGCCGACGCGGCCGCCGCCGCUCCUAAGUGGGACGUGAAUGCCGAGGGUAUCGAGCCUGCCGCGGCCGCUGAGGCCGACAGCCCUGCAGCAGUGGUCGAGGUCGCCCCAGCAGCCGAAGUGGCCGCCGCCGCUCCUGAGGGGGACGUGACGGCCCAAGGUAUCGAGCCUGCCACGGCUGCUGGGGCCGAGAGCCCUGCAGCAGUGGUCGAGGUCGCCCCAGCAGCCGAGGUGGCCGCUGCCGCUCCUGAGGGGGACGUGACGGCCCAAGGUAUCGAGCCUGCCACGGCUGCUGGGGCCGAGAGCCCUGCGGCUGCUCUGGAGGUCAGUGACGCGCUCCCAGUGGUGGCGCCAGAGAGGGCCGUACAGUCGGUAUCGCAGGCUCCCACAGAGAAGGCACCAGAGGAGGCCACAGAGUCGGCACCACAGGCUCCCACAGAGGACGCGCCUGAGGCCGCCCCGGUGUUUGAGCCGGCGGUGGCUGAGGUCGCGGUCGCGCAAGGUGUCGCUUCCCAUGUCAGCGGCGAGGUUGCAGAGGGUGGUGCGGUUGAGGCCGCUGGCGUGGACACAGCGGCAGUUGAGGAGGCCGCGACCGAGCCGCACGAGGCGACUUCCAGAGCGCCUGACAGUGACGCCCAUGCCGCGCUGGGCGAGCAGUCUGCGACCCCAACAGCGCCAGACGUCGUGCUUCCCGUCGAUCAGCUGAUGGAGUCGAACGCGCCGCCAGGUGCUGCAGCAGCAGCAGCAGCAGCAGCUGAGUGUGGCGACGCCGCGCCCACGGCGGCGGCGGACGGGGGCACGGAGUCGUCGCAAGAGGCCCCCGCGGAGGGGGAGGAGCAGGCGGCCGCCCCGGUGUUUGAGCCGACGGAGGCCGAGCCUGUGGGGCUCGAGGCCGCCCCGGAGGGCGCGGACGAUGCGGCCACGGCGGUGGAGGAGGGCCUUGUUGCCGCCGCGGAGGCCCCCUCUGAGCACCGCGCAGAGGACUCCGCGGCCCUCGGUGCCGACGAGGAGGUCGCGGCCCUCGGUGCCGACGAGGAGGGCCUUGUUGCCGCCGCGGAGGUGCUCCCCGAGCACCGCGCAGAGGACUCCGCGGCCCUCGGUGCCGACGAGGGGGGACCCCGCGGCCCUCGGUGCCGACGAGGAGGGCCUUGUUGCCGCCGCGGAGGCCCCCUCCGAGCACCGCGCAGAGGACCCCGCGGCCCUCGGUGCCGACGAGGAGGGCCUUGUUGCCGCCGCGGAGGCCCCCUCCGAGCACCGCGCAGAGGACUCCGCGGCCCUCGGUGCCGACGAGGAGGGCCUUGAGGGCGCGUUGGCCGCCGCGGAGGCGCUCCCCGAGCACCGCGAGGAAGACCCCGCGGCCCUCGGUGCCGACGAUGGCGCGACCACAGUCGGACAGAGCGCGGACCCUGCGGCUCCUGCAGACGGUGCCGGCAUCGACGCGACGACCGAGGCUGCGCCGCAAGCACUCCCGCCGGCGCAGCGAACGGCGGCGUUGGGCCAGGAGAGGCCGCAGAAGGGUGCGGUGCGCAAGGCGGCGUCAAAGAAGCCCCUCCGCGCCACCAGUCGCUCGCGGAAGGGCCAGGCAGCAGAUGGUCCACCCGAGGAGGUGC